GACCCCCGCAACAAAUCUACGUCAAAUUGUAGCGCCUGAAACCAGGUUCGCAAAUCACAACGAAAACACCGUGUGCUUUUGUUCGUUUUAGUACAAAACAGAGAAAAAUGCCCAAAGUAAAGAGGAGUCGGAAGCCACCUCCAGACGGCUGGGAGCUCAUUGAGCCCACUUUAGACGAGCUGGAUCAGAAAAUGAGAGAAGCUGAAACAGAGCCUCACGAGGGAAAGCGAAAGGUGGAGUCCCUUUGGCCAAUCUUCAGGCUGCAUCAUCAGCGGAGUCGAUACAUCUACGAUCUCUUCUACAAGAGGAAAGCUAUCAGCAGAGAGCUGUAUGAGUACUGUAUAAAGGAAGGCUAUGCAGACAAGAACCUGAUUGCCAAGUGGAAGAAGCAGGGCUACGAGAACCUGUGCUGCCUGCGUUGCAUCCAAACUCGAGACACAAACUUUGGAACCAACUGCAUCUGCAGAGUCCCCAAGAGCAAGCUGGAAGUUGGAAGGAUCAUUGAGUGCACCCACUGUGGAUGCAGAGGAUGUUCUGGUUAAGUGCAGUUUUUGGACUGAUCUACUUUCUGUUGGCCUUUGGGGCUUGUCCAGCCUCCAUUUCUCACAUCUCCAGAGCAGCAUUGUCUUCUUUCAGUCACUUGCAUCAGAAACAAAUCUCUAAUCUUUAACACCGGGGAGCAAAGGCGAAUCCACUGAGAGGGGCCAAAUUGUAUACUUAGACUUGAGGGGGUUUCUGUGUUUGGUUUUUUUUGUCUGUUUGUUUUUUCGUAUUAUUGCCCUCAGCUCCGAAAGUAGACAGUUAGGGAAACUGUUUCUGAAUCAGGCCUUUCAUUCCAGCUAGUCAUACCCACUGUGAAGGUCUUUUUAAAUCUGAAUGUUUCAUUUCAUUAAAAGGGCUGGGAGGGAUAUGACUUUUGUUUGAAAUGCCAUUGUUUUAAACCAUAGUGCUGUUUUUUUUCCAUUAUUGUUCUUGUAGUGUAAUUUUAAAUAAAACCAUCUUGAUUUAA